GAAUCAUUAUCAGAUUUUUAGUCUCAGAAAACCACUUUCUUUUUCGCUUCUCUCUCGAAUUUCUCUCGCUCUGCUCCACCGCCGACUCUCUGCCGCCGUCGCCGCAGUCCGCCUAUACAGUAUAUUGCGAACCGUCUUAGAUCGUAACGGUUAAGCAAUCGGCCUCGCAUCCGUUGCCGGAUUCGCGGGAACCGUAAGAUUCGUUUCCUUGUUCGAUCGCGAUGACACUCCACAAUCUACAAUCGCAAACGCCUUCUUCAGUCUCCUAAUUGGCCUUUUAACUAUACAUGCUUUGGACUCUGGGAUGGGCUUCAGCAAAACUGAAGUGAAUUUGAGAAGAUUACUUGCAGCAGCACCACAACAACAGAAUCAGGGAAAGCUUGUACAUUAUGUGGGCACUUUAAGAGAGCAACUGGAGCAAUUGGCUGAAGAGAGGACUCCUGAAGGUUUGCCAAGGGUAUCAAAAGCUCAGUUGAAUGACUAUUCUGAGAAAAUAGAAGCUUUAGCAGCUAAGUUAGAUGUGGCUGAGUCCAGUACUCAAGUUAAUCAGGAGCCUUCCUUUGAAACCAAGGCCAGAGACUCCCCUACCACAUCCGACGGAGAAAGUAUUCAGUCUCCCAGAGGGCUGAGAAGGAGAUUUUUACCCCCAUCGGGAGAUAGAUCCCCCAGUAGCAUCGAAGACAGUAAUAAUGCGAAAUCUGUUAAACUGGAUGCUGCAGCACAUGCUCAUAUUGAGAAACACAGACAACUACAAGAAGAUUUAACAGAUGAAAUGGUUGGUUUGGCACGACAACUCAAAGAGAGUAGCCUUAUGAUGAGCCAGUCCAUAAAAAAUACUGAGAAGGUACUCGACUCAACUGAGAAAGCGGUUGAGCAGAGCUUGGCGAGCACCGGGCACGCAAACACUCGGGCAAUGGAGGUUUAUUCGCAAAGUCUGAAAACGACAUGCUUUACAUGGCUGCUGAUCUUUGCCAUGACGUGCAUAUUCGUCAUGGUUGUGCUACUUAUUCGUGUUACUUAGGAUUAAGGAAUACCUUUAGGCCCAGCUGUAGAAUAUAACUGAUGUUCUUUAAAAACAACUGAUGCUGUAUUUUAAAACUUUUUCAAAAUCAUGUGAAUAUGAAUCUGGAUUUCGGUCU